UGAACACCAGUUUUAAAUAAAUAUAUCAUCACUUGUUCAUUAAUUAAUCGGAUAAUUUGGAAUAGAUUCUAUAGUUAAAGAUUUAUAAAUCUUGGUAAUUUACAAGAAUGCCAACAACUUGUGGAUUUCCUAAUUGUCGAUUUCGUUCACGAUAUCGUGGUGCUGAAGAUAAUCGACAUUUUUAUCGUGUACCAAAGAAACCUGCAAUAUUACGAAAGAAAUGGCUAGAAGCAAUAGGUAGAACUGAGGAAACAAUUGUUAGCCAGCUACGAGUAUGCAGUGGUCAUUUUUACGGUGGAGAAAAACAUGAGGGUGAUGUUCCGGUUGCUGAUCCAGCAGUUGAUGAACCAAUAAGAGUUGAACUACCUCCUAAAAUCUCACGUUUUCCGUCAACAGUGAAUAAAAGAAACAGUUAUGGUACUCGAGGUGGUGGUGGUGUUGGUCGAGGAAGAGGACCACAUCACACUCAAGGAAUUAGAAAUAAGAUGUGUUUUUUAAAAUCAGGAAUGCUCAAUUAUAUGACAAAACAUAAUAAUUCUUUAAAUUUGUUGGGAUCAUUUAAACCAAAGCAUACAUUGGCAUCCAAUUCAACACAGUCAUCUCCAACCCUAAGAAACGAUCAUAAAAUUCGAGCUAAUAAGCCAAUACACUUAAAUGCAACUAAUAUCAUUAACAGUAAUAAUGAUUCUAAUAAUCCAUUGAUGUGGUUUAAUAAUUUAUAUUCCCCUUAUAUUUAUGAUUAUCUAAAAACAAUCUCAUUAAAUACUUCUACAUCAUCAUUAUCUGAAUUAAAUACAAACAAAAAAUAUUUAUAUGAUCCAAGAAAACAUUUUAAUUCAACUUCUAUUAGUAAAGAUCAAUCUAUUCUACAGAAUUAUUCCCAUCAAUCACCUCAACAAAUCAACUAUCCAAUAGAUAAAUAUACAUCAUUAAUUCAUACUUCACGAUGUUAUACACCUCUCACUUCAACAACUAUCGGUUUAACAAAUCUAAUUCAAAAUGAUGAUAGUAUACCAAAAAAGUCCAGCAGUUCACCUUUCAAUAAUAAUAAUAAUAAUGGUAACAUUAAUAGUAUAAAUAAUAUAAUUAAUGAUAAUAAACCACAAUCUGCAUUCUCGUCGGUAACAAGUACUUUUAAUAAUAAUACUAAUAAUAAUAUAAGUAAGGAUUUCAUUAAUAAUAAUGAUUAUGUAAUGAAAUCUUCUUUUCUAUCAAAUAAAGAACAAUUUUCAUUGAAUAUUACAACAGAUAAUAUAAAUAAAAAUAAAUUUCAAUCUACAAUGUCAAUACCAUUUACAACAAAUCAAUCAACUAAUUAUUAUUUAUCCUUAGCAACAAUAAUGAAUGAUGUUUUAACAAAAAAAUUAAUGGAUACUUAUUUAAAUUCAUUUAAAUAUCCAAGUCAUUUAAAAGAUGAUCAAAGUCAUUUAAAAGAUGAUCAAAGUCAUUUAAAAGAUGAAUAUAAUUCAUUGAAUAUAAUGAAUUCUAUAAAUGAAUUUAAUGAAAUUAAAGAUUUAUCUAUUAAAUCUGAAUAUAUUAAAGAAUAUAGUAAUAUAAUGAAAUUUUAUACUAAAAAAAGUAAUGAAUUCAAUCGUUUAAAUGAUUAUGAACAGAAUACUAUGGAAACUAUAGAUGAUAUGAUGAAAAAUAAUGAUAAUUAUAUGAAAAUGAAUAAUUGUGAUCAGUUUGAACAACAAAAUGAAAUUGUACAUUGUAAUUUAUUACAAUUAAAAGAGCAAAGAUCAAAUCAACCAGAAGAUAUUCCUUCAUUAAAUCAAAUAGUUCAAUAUGUGAUUUUUAUUGGUAUUGAUGAGUUAACAGUUGAAAUGCCGAUUCUUCACGAUCUAAUUAAUCCGUUAUGUGUUCAGUAUUCAGAUAUAAAGAAUCUUCCUGAACAUAUUCGUCAAAAUGUUUCAGAUAUGGUUACUUAUCAGGAAAUUGUAUUAUCAAUUGAAUAUCUUCAAUAUUUCAGUUUUUUGAAAAAUAUUUAUAUACCUGAAUGUUUAAAUUCUAGGAAUUGUUGGGAUGAAUUAAAAAAUCUUGGCAUAAAUUUACACAUCGUACCAUUGGAACUUGAUGUAAAUAAAUCAGCUGAUUUUAUUAUUGGUAUUAUCCUAUCUACACAUUAUGAUAUCAUGUCGAUUUAUAUGAAUGAAAAAAAUCAACCUACUGUUAAACGACCAUCAUCAUCACCUUCACAAUCGAUGAUGAAUCAACUAGUGCAAAUUAACAAACCGCUAUAUGAUCAUACAAAUGACAUAUUCAAACAUACUACUACUAUUAAUGAUCAAACAAUAGAGAAUAUUGUAUCAAAUAAUCAAGAAACUCAAUUAAAUACUGAUCGAAAUAUUCAAAUCGGUAUUAUUGGUAUAGGUCCAAUCAGUUUAACUAUUAUACGUCAGUUAGAGAAAUUUAAUUAUAAUAUACGUGUAUUUGACAAAUUCUUACCUGAUGGAAUUGAUACUGUGUUAAAUUUCAAUUAUACAAAUAAUUAUGAAGAAAUGAUUCAUAGAUCUGAUUGGAUUAUUUUUAUACAAGAAUCAAGUAUCAUGAAGGAUAUGAGAUCAUUUGGAAGAAGUAAUGGUUGUUCACUGUUGACGGUGAAUGAAAUAUUUAAUGUGAAUAUGAAAGCUAAAAUGAAAAGCGGAUGUCAUAUAUUAUACAUUAAUCUGGUUGACGAUUAUCCACAUGAACUAACUACAUUGAAUACACUUGCUCACUCUGGAUAUGUAGCAGACAUUUAUGUAUUAUUAAGGAAAUCAUGUGAGAAUUUAACUUCUGAGUUCAAUAUUCAAAAGUCACCAAAUUUAAUUUGUUUAAAUAAUAAACUAAAUAAACUUCAAGUACAAUCAGAAGAAUUACGUAGAAGUAUAAGUCAAUUUCUUCGAAGAAAUCUGCUUAAAAAUUUAAUGUUUAUACCUAAAUUCAAUGAAAUAACUCAAACUGAUAAGUUUAAAAAUAAAACUGAACCACGAUAUAAAAUGACUUUGAAUAAUCAAAAAAUGAAUCCUACAAUAAACACAUUAAAGAAAAAUACAAAUACACAUCAGAAACUUCCACCUCAUGGGAUAAAGAAGCAUCUAACAUUUGGUAUCAAUUCAUUAGUGGCUUCAAAAACUUUAAAAUAUUAUCCUACUCAUUGUGAACAACCAUGAACUAAACACAUUCACUGAUCAUUAAGAAACCAAUUAAUUGAAAAUCAAUGUAUAUACAUAUAUUAUCAUCUAUGGAAAAUAACAUCCAAUAAUAAAUUAUAUGUUUGUAUAUAUUUGACAGAUAUUCUUGUUUUGCAAUCUCACUCAUAAAUCACAUUGUCUAGAAUCUUAGUGAUCUUUUCAUCUGUAUUAUUAUUCCAUAAGCAAUCUUUAUCAGUAAUAACCAGUUAUUUUGAUUGAAAUGAAGAAAGCACAUAUAUGUUUCAUUUAUGUCCAUUUAUUUUUCAAUGUUUUUGAUGGAGUUCUGUUCUCUGAACUGGAUAAUUUGGUCAUGGAGCUUUCAUCGUUCUUCUAAAUGAUAUCAUCAGUAGAAACUCCAAGUAGGAGUGGAGUGUUAGAAUUUCUCCUCAUGUGGUUCACAGCUUGUCCUGUAGACCUCGAUGUUGAUUGGUUCUUGUUAGGCCACAUGUGAAGAGAUACGAAUAAUUCAUUUCUACUUGACAUUUGUGAUGAUGAUGUCGUUUAGAAGAACAAUGAAAGCUCCACAACCAAAUUAUUCAGUUCAGAGAACAAAACUUCAUCAAAAUCAAACACCUGAACUAGAAAUUUUCUCCACUAUGUCAUUUCUCAAUGUUUAUUACGGAGUUUAAUCACUCAUCAAUGAUUGAAGCCCCAAUAUAGUUCCUUUCGUGUUCAGUCAACAUUUUGACGAUACUUUCCCUUUUUAUAUUCAAAAUGAC